AUGAAACACACGCUGUUGCUGCUGCCAAUCCUGUUAUGCAGCGCUAGUGCUGGAUAUAUUGACAACGAUGAACCAAAUUGGGCAACACCCUACUAUGAAGGUCCUUGGAUACGCACUCAGAUUGGUUUAGCUUUGUUGAUUGGAUUGCCUUCUUUCUUGUUGUUUUGCAGCCUUAGAAGGAAUUCUACCGUUCUGUUCGCUCCGAGGACCAAAUUGAAGGGAUUCUCACCACAUGAAGCUCACGAUACUAGCUCCUUCUUUGGCUGGAUUCUCCCCACGCUACGUACUUCUGAGUACACGGUGCUUCAAAUUGUUGGAUUAGAUGCAGCUGUGCUUCUCAACUUUCUCAAAAUGAGCUUCUGGUUCUUCUCUGUUGCAGCGGCUAUCACUUGUCCAAUUUUAGUGCCAAUAAACUACAAAAAAUAUGGCACUUGGGAAGCUUCAGACGAUUCAGACGAAGGUGAUAACUCUAGUACUCUCCAAUCAAAUUACGUCACAAUCGCAGAAACUCUGUCUAGAAUAUCAUCAAACGACCCUUGGGACGCUUUACGUGACAAUCAAGGCAAGUGGAGAAAAGUAGUGGAUGUUUUUGUGUUAUCAAACACUGAUCCUUAUUUGGGUCUACAACUAAUUUUCACUUUCUUCUUGUCUAUUUUGGCACUCAAGUUUGUACAUAAGAACUACUUGAGGUUCACCAGACAGCGCCAACUCUUCAGUCUCGAGUUGGUCCAUGCUAUCAGCGCACGCACUGUGAUGAUUGAAUCACUACCACUUCAUCUCCGCGAUGAAAAGGCUUUAACUGAAUAUUUUGAUAGCAUCAGUCUUCAAGUUGAGAGCGUUAGUUUGGUUAAGGAUGUUGAAUCCCUCGAUGAACUACUCUCCAGACGCACCAAAGCUUUACUAGAAUUGGAGGCUGAAUGGUGCAAAUACCUCGGCAAUCCAAGUCGCGCUACCUAUUUAACCCCAACUAGUGAUCUCGAAACCCCUUCUUCACUGCUCACUGUUCAAGGAAAGUCACGUCCCACUACAAGAUCUGGUUUCAUGGGUUUUAGUGGUAUUAAAAUAGAUAAGCUGCGUAUGCUCGAAAGACGUUUUGAAAAUCUCGAUACCAUAGUCAAAACUUCUCGCAAAUCAGAGUAUAAAAAUACUCAUGUCAGUUUCGUUACAUUUGAGAACGCGUCAAGUGCUCAAGUGGCAUCACAAUGCGCAAAUUACCCUGAACCAGGCCAGGUGGUUACCAACUUAGCACCUGAACCUCGCGACGUAGUGUGGGAAAAUGUGGCUUUAAGUACACGUGCUAUUAUUAGCAAGAGAUUGUUUGUGUAUAGCACAGUCAUAACAUUAUUGCUGACUUGGGCAAUUCCCGUUACUGUACUUUACACACUACUCCAGUACAGUGAAAUAUCAAAGCAUCUACCAGCACUUGCUAGAUUACUAGAGAAAUAUCCAUCACUAAGAGCAUUAGUGCAAACAUCUUUACCACCAUUAGCAUUAGUUUUAUUUAACGCUACUCUACCUCUAUUCUUGCACUUUUUGUGUAGUAUUCAAGGUCACAAAGCACGCAGUCAUAUCGAGUAUUCCCUUAUGAAGAAGUACUUCCUUGCGCUCUUCAUGACUGUUGUUUUCGCUAGAAUCACUACUGCUACUAUAUCAAUGGUGAGAGAGUUGGCUGACGCGCCCCUCAAGAUACCCGACAAGUUAGCUCAAUCACUUAAAUCAUCAACUUCGAGGCACUUUUUCGUAUCUUAUGUCAUUCUUCAAGGUAUUGGUAUCCUUCCGAUGCAUCUACUUCAACUGAAUCAGGUCCUGCCGCAUAUCUUCCUGCGCCCGUUCACCAAGACCCCACGUGAUUAUGCAGAGUUGAAUGCACCACCUGAAUUGAACUACGGGUCAGUUUAUCCACAGGCUAUUCUGGUCUUUGUGAUUGGGUUGCUUUACAGCAUCAUGUCGCCGUAUAUUUUGAUCGCUGCUGCCGUUUACUUUGGUAUGGCUUAUCUGGUAUAUAAAUACAAAUUGCUGUUUAUCUUUUACAAACCUUGGGAGAGCUCUGGUCAAGCGUGGCCCAUCACCUACGCUAGAUGCUGCUGGGGAGUUGUUCUAUUCCAGGUGUUCAUGCUUGGUUUGUUUACUCUCCAGGGAGCUUUCUUAUAUUCGUCGGUGCUGUUGCCCGUCAUUGCGGGUACAGUCUCGUGGGCAUUCAGCACGGAGAAUAAAUUCCGAGGGUUAUCUCAACACGUGAACUCACUCCAUGAAGCUCAACGUGGCACAUUGCCGACCGAGAUAGUAGGCUUACGCUAUGACCAGUCAGUGCCACGAUCACAGAGCAAUCUAAAUAGAAGGAGAUAUGCGAUGAAUGAUGCAGCACUCUACGUAGCGCCUGAGAGUGACAAGACUGACUACUCACAACCACCAAUGCGCUAUUGGUAUUAUGGUGUACUCAACACGGGUAGACGGCGGUAUGGACAUCCAGCACUGACUGGAAUUCUACCAGAAAUGUGGUUACCACAGCAGCAAACUGUGUCAACGCAACGCAAUAGUGCGAGGAAUAGCACUUAUGGUGGAGUAAAUGAUGGACGUGUGCUUACAUUGCGCAAGAGAUGGUCUACAGUUAAACGUGAUGCGCGGGAUGUGCUCAAUAGGCGUGGCAGUGGUAGUUUUACUAGUAGAGGUGGAAGGAAUAACGCAGCUCGCAACGUAGCUAAACGUUCAUCACAGAACUCAUUCGCUGAUCCUUAUAAUCCUGCUAAUCCAUGGGUACGUGUGGAUGAAGCGGAUGUGGAUGCUGGUGAUAGAGCUAGGACGGUAUCUUAUGAUGGCGCUUCGGGAGUGAUUGCGUUGCCUGAAGGAGAGCUAUUCAGUGAUGAGGAUGAUGAAGAUGAUGAGGAUGAUGAGGUUGUCGAUGAAAAUCAUGAUGAAGAUGCGAAUGAUGAUAACGAUAACGAUGAAGAUGCGCCUGAAAGCACGGAAAGUAAUGGGAAUACAAACACGAUACAAUAUACUUCUAGAGAAUAA